AUGGCGGAAUGGGAUAACACCACCACCACCACCACCACCACCACUCCACUCGACGCAAACGAAGCGCGAUUGCGCGCCGCAGAGAGCCUUGGCUACCCCGUCACGCGCCAAGGAACCCCCAACCCCGACACAAACACCAAAAAGCAUGAUCAUGCAAGUAGCACACGCCCGCAGUCGUACGAUAGCUGGCUGCUGGAGAAGCGAGUCCGGAUCCGCAGCGGCUGGGCCGACGAGGACGGGGACAGGAACGGGGACGUGGGCGAUAGCUGCUGUUUUGGCACGCGCACAGUGCACGGCGGGCUAUAUUGGGGGUGGGAGUUGCAUGGUGGAGCAGUGUAG